AUGACGUCCGGCCCUCCUCUCGCGGGCUUGAAGGUCGUUGAGCUCGGCGGGCUCGCGCCAGGUCCCUUCUGCGGUCAACUGCUCGCUUCCUACGGUGCUUCAGUCCUGCGUAUAGACCGCCCAGGCGCUGUCUCUGGCGACCUACUUACUCAGUUCAAGUCCAGUAUUGCCUUGGAUCUGAAAUCUCCCUCUUCGCAUGCCCUACUCCUCGAUCUGCUGAAAGACGCCGAUGUCUUGAUCGACCCCUUCCGACCUGGCGUCCUCGAGAAGCUCGGGCUCGGCCCUUCGACACUUCAUUCACACAAUCCCCGCCUCAUCAUCACCCGCCUGACCGGCUUCCGUCGCGAUGGGAAAUACAAAGACAUGGCUGGGCACGACAUCAACUACCUUGCCGUCUCAGGUAUCUUGUCACUACUAGGCGCCCGCAACACCCCGCCGCUCGCACCAGGCAACAUCCUCGCCGACUUCGCGGGUGGCGGGCAUGUAGCCUUCACGGGAGUCCUCCUUGCCCUGCUCCACCGCGGCACAACAGGCAAAGGCCAGAUCGUCGAAGCGAACAUGGUCGACGGCGUCAACUACCUCGGCAGCUACCCGCGAAUGCUCAAGAAGACACCCAUGUGGUCCGCGCCGAAAGGUGAAAAUACCCUCGAUGGCGGCGCACCAUACUACGGCACAUACGAAUGCAAGGAUGCCGGCAAAUACAUGUCCGUCGGAGCACUCGAGCCUCAAUUCUUCGCUGUUCUGCUCAAAGGAUUGGGUCUGACGAUCGAGGACGUCUGCCCCAACGGUCUGGACCGCACCGACAAGCGCACAUGGGCGUAUCAGAGGGAAGUAUAUCUCAAGCGGUUUAAGACGAAGACGAGGAAGGAGUGGGAAGGCAUCUUUGACGAGACAGAUGCAUGUUGUGCUCCUGUUCUGGAGCUCGAAGAGAUGGAAGAGGCUGGCUAUGAUCUGAGGCCGAUAGUUGGCUUGACUGAGAGCCCGGGCCAGCCGAGUGUCUAUGAUGGCAAGACUUUGAAGCCAGGCGAGGGAGGCGAGAAGACACUGAAGGACUGGCUGGGCUGGAGCAAGGGAAAGGAAUUCGAGAUUGAUGGUAAGGGAGUCUGGAGCAGGAAGAAGGAGAGCAGAUUAUAA